AUGGUUCUACUUUAUGUACACACAACCUUCAGCACUGGUGGACAUUAAUGGCUCUGCGUCUGUAUUGUUCUUCAUUUUUCACUACCAAGUCUUGAUACGCCAUUUAUUGCCGUUGGAUCCACUUACAGUUCUGAUUCACGUACCAGAAAAUCUUGUAAAUUUUGGGAUUUGAGGAAGUUAAACAAUGGGAAGCAGAGAAAUCAAGUCCCCUGAAGGAGGGAUAGAGACUCCAGCUAAUUUGGAGGAACAAUAUUCAGACACAAAUCCAAGGAAGAAGCUUGGUUUUUACUUCAUCGAAUCCGAUGACAGGAGGACAGCUUUUGGAAGGGGAUAUACCGGAGGAACCACACCGGUUAAUAUCCAUGGCAAACCAAUCGCUGAUCUUUCCAAAACCGGUGGUUGGUUUGCUGCCUUCUUCAUAUUUGGAAAUGAAAUGGCCGAGAGAAUGGCUUAUUUUGGACUCUCAGUGAAUAUGGUGGCCUUCAUGUUCUAUGUAAUGCAUAGACCCUUUAGCAGUUCAUCAAAUGCAGUUAACAAUUUCUUGGGGAUAUCACAAGCUUCUUCUGUUCUAGGUGGUUUUCUAGCUGAUGCAUAUCUUGGUCGAUAUUGGACUAUAGCAAUCUUCACAACUAUCUAUCUUGCAGGUUUGACAGGGAUAACUUUAUGUGCAACAAUGGACAUUUUGACACCGAACCAAGAUCAAUGUGAUCAGCUAUCCCUUCUUUUAGGCAAUUGUGAGCCAGCAAAAUCAUGGCAGAUGCUUUAUCUCUAUUCUGUUUUGUACUUAACUGGAUUUGGAGCUGCCGGUAUAAGGCCAUGUGUGUCAUCUUUUGGGGCUGAUCAGUUUGACGAAACAAGCCCAGAUUACAAGUCUCACUUGGAUAGGUUUUUCAACUUCUUUUAUCUGUCUGUCACCAUUGGAGCUAUUAUAGCCUUCACUGCAGUAGUGUACAUUCAAAUGGAACAUGGUUGGGGACUUGCCUUUGGGUCACUGGCCAUAGCUAUGGGCAUAUCAAACUUUGUGUUCUUUCUUGGUACACCUCUCUACCGGCAUAGACUACCCGGAGGAAGCCCUCUGACACGUGUUGCGCAAGUAUUGGUGGCUGCCUACAGGAAGAGGAAGGCUGCAUUUUCUAGCAGUGAGUUGAUAGGCUUGUAUGAGGUUCCUGGAAAACAAUCUGCUAUAAAGGGUAGUAGAAAGAUCGCUCACACCAAUGAUUUUAGAUGUUUAGACAAAGCAGCUCUGCAGCUUAAGGAAGACGGUGUAGACCCAACUCCUUGGAGGCUUUGCACUGUGACUCAAGUAGAGGAAGUAAAGAUUCUACUUAAACUUAUUCCAAUCCCGGCUUGCACAAUAAUGCUGAGUGUAGUCUUAACUGAGUAUCUGACUCUCUCAGUUCAGCAAGCUUACACUCUAAAUACCCAUAUGGGUCACCUCAAGCUUCCAGUAACAUGCAUGCCAGUAUUUCCAGGCCUCAGCAUAUUUCUCAUACUAUCCCUCUACUACUCUACAUUUGUCCCCUUGUCGCGGCACAUCACAGGUCAUCCUCACGGUGCUUCUCAGUUACAGAGGGUAGGCAUAGGUCUGGCAGUUUCCAUCUUAUCCGUGGCAUGGGCCGCGGUUUUUGAGAGGUACCGAAGAAACUAUGCAAUAAAGCAUGAGUAUGAGGCUAGUUUCCUAACUGCAAUGCCUGAUCUAAGCGCAUACUGGUUGUUGAUCCAGUACUGCCUCAUUGGCAUAGCUGAAGUGUUUUGCAUAGUGGGGUUACUAGAAUUCCUCUAUGAGGAAGCCCCAGAUGCUAUGAAAAGUAUAGGGUCUGCUUAUGCCGCACUAGCCGGGGGUUUAGGGUGCUUUGCAGCCAGCAUAUUGAACAGCAUCAUCAAAUCUGUCACAGGCAGCACAGAGAAGCCAUCUUGGCUGUCACAGAAUAUCAAUACUGGUAGAUUUGAUUAUUUCUACUGGCUACUUACAGUUUUGAGUGUCAUCAAUUUCUGCAUAUUUCUGUAUUCGGCACAUAGGUACAAAUACAGGGCAGAGCAGCAAAUUGUAACCAAGAUUAAAGAAGACCUCAUCCAAGGAUAACAUAUUGAAACCCUUCAGUAAGAAGCGUACGAGUUAGUGUGUACUUGUUAGAAGGAAAAGCUCAAGCAGUAAGCAAAACAAAAAUUACUGUGUUUAGCAUUAUAGAUUGAUAGAUGGAAAGAUUGUAGCUCUUGAUUGGAGCAAUAGAAGGAACAUCAAUUGGUUUAAUGAACUAUUUACGUGAAAACUCUCUGUAUUUGCCCUUUUAAUCUAGAGAUUGCAAAGUCAAUUACUAUU